UUUACAUGUUGUGUGGAUGGACGCCGCCGCCGCUAAUUUUUUUUUAUUUGUGGCAUUUGUGUUUGACAAAAUAUGCUAAAAAAGUGCUUAAUUGGUUCGCAAUUUAGCUACUGAUGCUACUCAAAUCACACAGUCUGAGUGAUUGUAAAGUUUGAACUCGAGCUCAUUUCUGUUUGUAAUGCGAAAAACCCGCUCGCAAACUCAGGCUGAGAAUGCCGCAACUUCUACAUCAGGAGGCGCUCGUCAAACAUCCACGGCGCCUUCAGCACCAGUAAUUCCCUUUGAUGCUGUCAAAUACAAGGAAUGUGAGCAAAUGGUGCAGAUGCUUCGUGUUGUAGAGCUGCAGAAAAUUUUAUCAUAUCUUAAUAUAUCCUUCGCUGGACGAAAAAACGAUUUGCAAAGUCGCAUAUUAACGCUCCUGCGUACAGAUUUGGAACAGCUCGCACCUAAGGUUCAGGAAGUUUACGCUCAAUCCGUACACGAACAAAACGCCAAUCUGCAGUAUAUAGAUCCUACCAGAAUGUACUCGCACAUGUUACCGUCAGUGCAGCCGAAUCCUGCGGCUUUAGUUGGUGGCGCACCCACACAAGUUGCCGCUGGCCCCACACAGAUGCCCGUCUCUGUGCCCUUUCUUCAUACCCACAGCAUUAACAAUCAGCUGCCAAUUCACCCAGAUGUUCGCUUAAAAAAGCUUGCGUUCUACGAUGUGCUCGGCACAUUAAUAAAGCCGUCAACCCUGGUGCCGCGCAACACCCAGCGCGUUCAAGAGGUGCCUUUCUACUUUACGCUUACGCCACAACAGGCAACAGAAAUUGCCUCAAAUCGGGACAUACGCAACAGCUCAAAAGUGGAGCAUGCCAUUCAGGUGCAACUGCGUUUUUGCCUGGUUGAGACGUCAUGCGAUCAGGAGGAUUGUUUUCCGCCAAAUGUUAACGUUAAAGUGAACAACAAAUUAUGUCAGCUGCCUAAUGUCAUUCCUACAAAUCGUCCUAAUGUGGAGCCAAAACGUCCGCCACGGCCAGUUAAUGUCACCUCAAAUGUGAAACUGUCGCCGACCGUGACCAAUACCAUAAUGGUGCAAUGGUGUCCAGAUUACACGCGCAGUUACUGCCUGGCCGUAUAUUUGGUAAAGAAACUUACAUCUGCGCAAUUGCUGCACCGUAUGAAGACUAAAGGUGUGAAACCAGCGGACUACACGCGCGGCUUAAUAAAAGAGAAGCUAACGGAGGAUGCUGACUGCGAAAUAGCAACAACAAUGCUUAAGGUAUCGCUGAAUUGUCCCUUAGGCAAAAUGAAAAUGUCCCUUCCGUGCCGCGCCUCAACCUGUUCGCACUUGCAAUGCUUUGAUGCAAGUCUUUACCUGCAAAUGAACGAACGCAAGCCCACCUGGAAUUGUCCGGUGUGUGAUAAACCUGCCAUCUAUGACAACUUGGUGAUCGAUGGAUACUUCCAAGAAGUUUUAGGCUCGUCUUUGCUUAAAAGCGAUGACACGGAGAUUCAGUUGCACCAAGACGGCUCUUGGAGUACACCAAGUUUGCGCAGCGAAGCACAAGUUUUGGACACUCCCUCAAAGCCAGUGCAGAAAGUUGAAGUUAUAUCAGAUGAUGUUGAGGUAAUCACCACAGAUGACACAAAACCAGUUAAAGAAGAUCUAUCAUCAGCAACACAAGAGCAACCAAUUACAAGUUCAAACAAUGAAUUAGUUGAUCUGACGCUUAGCGAUUCGGAUGACGACAUGCCACUGGCUAAACGUCGUCCUCCUGCCAAACAAGCAGCUGUCAGCUCAACUUCAAAUGGUAAUGGUGGCACUCAACGCAGUGCUUAUCCAAUGGUGCAGCAGCCUCAAAAAACUGUUGGUCUAAUUAUGCACCUCAAUGGCGUGAGCUUGAUCUCAGUCCUGAACCCAAAUGCAACCGUCUUGCUGCCAAACUUUGCGUCCGUCUUAGUCACAAUCUCUUUUUUGAUAAUGUUGACACGUUUGCGUCUGGAUUGGAACACGGAUCCUGUGCAAAACCGCUCUCAUCGCAUGGGCGCUGUGCUGAUCCAAAUGUUAAUCACGCUUUAUGUGUUGGAGCUGCUGAUGCUGCAUGUCUGGGUGUCUAUGCUAAAGCUGCUAAAUUUCAUAUGCGAAUAUAUUAGCCAUGUCAUAUUAGCUGCAAAUGAUGACUACAUAAUCUACCAUGCGCCGGCAUUGGCGAGAUGGUUGCGCACCGACGCCUUCUUCUUUGCCCGUUUUCUUUUAAGCUUGGCUAUACUGGGAAUUGUUUUAAAAUCAAUGGGCCUCAUUUCGCAUAUAAAGCACUUUUUGCAGUAUAUUUGUGGUCCCUGCCGUUCUGAAGUAGCUUCACAACUACGUGACAAUAAGAUGCAGCGCUCUUCUGAUUCAAAUAAUGAUAUGAAAAAUCGGCGGUGUUCUGAAGAACCGAUGCGUAUGGGUGGUGGUCAAGAAGGUAGAGGUAGCACUCGUACUAUAUUUAUUCAACACGAUGGCUUGGCCGAGUACACUUGCUGAUAUAAAUGAGCCUCUAAUUGUCCCGCCUUAUUUGUGUAAUGGAGUGUCACAUUUCAAAAGUUAUCUUUUUAUUCGUAAGGAAAAAUAAAAAUUUCUUGUAGAAAUUCCUUAAAUACUAAACAGA